GCCAGGUUCUGUUUUUCCAGAACUUUGUGCUCCAGGCCAGAUUUUGACCAGGUUCUGAUCCAACUCUGACCUGGUUCUGACUCUUUUAGAAACCUCUAACAAAACUUUGUAUGUGGUUCCGAGUCCUCUGACCGAUCCGAACCAGCCUCCUGUAACACUUGGUUCUGGAUGGCUGAAGGCAGGCCGGGCCAACAGCGCCCCCUGCCGGACUGGCUGUUCUCUGGCGUCCAGCAGGGGGCGCCGACGUGCUGCCAGCCUGCCAAAUGUUUAUUCCUGCUUUUGAUGACGAUAAAUGGGUUAAUUCACAUAUUCACAUGUUUCUGUUUCUUCUUCACUCUGAUUGGUCCUCUCGGUGCCGCUCGGCUCACAGGUCCAAUCGGUUCUGAUCACCAGUUUCAUUUGGUUUGUACUCUGCUGUGCUCUGAAACAUUUUCUGGAAUCUGAACCAGAUUUGAUUUUUCCUCCGCUGUCAGAACGUUCUGGAGGUUUUGGUUCCUUUUUCUCGUCCUGGUUCUAAUCUGUUCGUUCAGGGAGCCUUUGUUUUGCUCCUUUCCACUCCGCUGCUGGUUUCCUAUGGCAACAGGCUUGUGCUGCGGUCGUCAUGGCAACUAGCUGAGACCACAGCCAAUCAGAGCAGGCGGUCGUCUCCUUUUAUAGAGCCACAUAGAGGCUGCAGGUCCAGGCAGCCCAAGGUUAAAGGUCAGAGCUAUCAGUGUGAACAGCGCCCUCUAUAGCAGCGGCUGCAUCAUGCUGUGGGUUGAACCGGAUCUGAGCCUGUUCAUGAAAUUCUGCCUCAGUCUGGAGAAUUUCACCGAGAUCCAGCCGGAGGUCCAUGCAGGUCAGAACCUGACCUGUUCUGCUGCUGCAGAACAGGUCAGGUUCUAGUUUCUAGAUGAGGUCAACCAAUCAGAGCCCAGAAAAGAUAAAGAUGAGGCCUCUUCAUCACCAGGAGUGAUGCAUCUGUCUUCAUGAGAGCAUCUUUGAUCCUGAUGAAGAUGAAGCUGAUGAAGCUCUUCCUCUGCUGCUGGGUCCCUCUAAUGCCUCGGUUCCGGUUCUCCUUCGGAUCUCGGUUUCAUCUCCAUGAACCGGCCAGGUUCUAAGGUACGGAACAGCGCCCCCUGCUGGUCUGGAUCCUGCAGGUGGGUCGGACUUCCGGGUCCGUUUAGCUCACCUGGCUCAGAGUCGAACCCUGACUUCAUUCACUCAGGUAAAAAGCAUCAAUUUCUUCUGCUUGGGAACUGGUUCUGGUUCUGGUUGUGUCUUGUGCUCUACGGUUGGGCUCAGAACCAGAACCUCCAUCUGGACCGGUCUGUUCUUGAGGUCCAGAUUGUAUAAUAUUGUGGAAAUAGCAGAUUAUUUAUUUUUAUCUUCAGAUUAUUGCUGACUGAAUCUUCGGACUUUCUAACAGAACCUUGGAUGUUGUUUUACAUGUUAAAGAACUAUGAACACGAACUCAUUCAGUUCAAAUGUAAUUUUAAAGGGACAGUGCUCAAUAAUAAAUAUAAUUUAAGUUAACCUGAGCUAGCUAAAGGAAGCUAGUUUUCGAUUAUAGUCCAUUUAGCAGUUGUUCUAUAAAAAUUAACAAAAUUAAAAUAGCGCUUCAUUAACAAUUACAUGACAAGAAAUCAUGAGAAAAGCAGAACCAUUUCUGGGUCCUAAUGGAGAUGUUCUUCACCUGUUUUAAGCCUGUUCCUUAAAGGUGUGUCUUCUUUUGUUACUUUUGUUUCUUUCAUGACUUUUAUGAAAUCUGAUUAAUAAAUGAACGGAACAUUUUCCUUAUCCUCCCCCCCCUUGUUUUCCCGCCCCGGGCCCCAGAAAGCGCUCGGCCCGCCCUGCUGCGCCUCCUCUUCAUCGUCAGCUUCAUCCUGAAGACGGACAGCCAUGAUGUCUGCCGCCUCCUCUUCCUCCUGCUGCUGAAAACCCCGGGGUGAAGCUCCUCUUCCUCCCGCUGGUCCGGAUUCUGUAGCGGAUUCGGAACCCGCCGCACCGCUGGUUCGGUUCCGUCUAGCAGCAGCAGAUGUUCGGCCGCCUCGCUGACGCUGCGACACGGUUUGUUUACGUGUGAAGAGGAUGAAGAUCCGGAGGUCCAGGAGGAAGAACGAUGACAGGAAGCUCCAGUGAUGCCGAACAUCUCAUCUGUGACGCUGCGAUAUAGAAAUGGUGUAUGCUCAGUCCACAAACAGAGUUGGUGUGAAUCCCUCCUUCUACUCCCCGUUCUUCAAGAAUCAGAUGUCAUUUAACUUCUCCAAGAAAGAGAACUUCACUGUGCUGGCUGCCUUGCCCACCUCUGCGCUCUACAGCCUCGAGGGCUCGACCCCCAGGCAGCCCAACGCCACCGCCGCCUUCGGUGACCUGUCCUCAGGGGAGGUCGCUAUCCUGGGCCUGGUGUUCGGCUUCCUCUGGCUGGUCUCCAUCCUGGGAAAUGCCCUCGUUUGCCUGGUCAUCCACAGGAGCCGGCGGACUCAGUCCACUACCAACUACUUUGUGGUGUCCAUGGCGUGUGCAGACCUGCUCAUGAGCCUGGGCUGGGCUCCGUUUGUCCUUCUGCAGGUGACUGCAGGACAAUGGCCUCUAAGCGCUGCUGCCUGCAAGGUUGUUCGUUACCUGCAGCACCUGUGCCCCGGCGUCCAGGUUUAUGUCCUGCUGUCCAUCUCUGUGGACCGCUUCUACACCAUCGUCUAUCCGCUCAGCUUCAAGGUGUCCAGAGAAAAGGCCAAGAAGAUGAUUCUGGCCUCAUGGUUGUUUGAUGCAGCCUUUAUCGCCCCUUGUUUUUUCUUUUAUGGCUCUGCAGACAGUCAUUGUGACUUUUUCCUCCCCAGCAGUUGGGGCAGUAUCACCUACGCUGCAUUUCACCUUCUGGUCGGCUUUCUGGUCCCAGUUGGACUCAUCAUUUCCUUCUACCAGCGGGUGGUUCGCUACAUUUGGAGGAUCGGAGCUGACGGCCAUACGGUGCGUCGGACCAUGAACAUCGUCCCGCGGACUAAAGUUAAGACCAUCAAGAUGUUCCUCAUGCUGAACUCAGUUUUCUUCCUCACCUGGACGCCCUUCUACGUGGCCCAGCUGUGGCACCCUGAGGAGGCCGACACCCCCGGCAGGCAGGAGCUGCUGUUCUUCACAACAAUCGCUUGGAUCUGCUUCAGCUCCACGGCCUCCAAACCCACCCUGUACUCCGUCUACAAUGCCAACUUCAGGCGCGGCAUGCGGGAGACCUUCUGUAUGUCAUCCAUGAAGUGCUACCGCAGCAACGCUUACACCAUCACUGCCAGCUCCCGGAUGGCCAAGAAAAACUACGUUGGGGUGGUGGAAAUCCCGGUCCAAGCUAAGACCAUCACCAAGGACUCGGUGUACAAUGCGUUUGACCGGGAGGCGAAGGAGAAGAAGGUAGCCUGGCCCACCAACACCAACCCGCCCAACACUUUCGUUUGAGCGACUGAGUCAACGCCACGGUUAUUGGGCGCCGUUUGUCAAGUUACACAGUAAAAAAUUACCAACAAUAAUUUGGGUUAUUUAGCCUGACAUAGAGGACAAAAUGUGCAAGCCAAGCAUUUAGAUAGCAAGCUAAAUAUUUUGCUUGCUAUCCAAAUACUUGCUACUUAAAUAUUUCGGUUGUAACCAAAUAUUUAGCUAAUAUUACUAUAAGAUGUUUAGUUAUAUUUAAUUUGAAAUAAAUAUUUGAUUUGGAGGUACUAUCCAGGUUAAAUGUUUAUUUUGCUAACUAAAUAUUGAGUUACAACCUAAAUAUUUAGUUAGUUUAGCUAACUAAAUAUUUAGCUAAACAUUUGUUCUCUAAAUACUUAAUUUGAAAGCUAAAUAUUUAGCUUGUAAACAAAAUAUGUAAUUAAACAUUGAAGUUGGAACCCUGGCAUUUAUACAUAUAUGAAUAACUUGAAGAUAUGACUUUAAAAAAACAAACAGCCACAUUUUUUUCGUUGAGAGGCUAAAUAAACCAAAUGAUUUGCGUUGAUGUCUUCCUGUGUGACCGAACACUGAGACUCCCAGAUUGUUUGUUGGUUUAAAGGGCUUCUUUCUGAUUGGACCGCGCUCCUGGCAGCCAUGUUUCCUACGUCACGCCUCAUGUUUUCAUGUUGCUUCAUGAGCGCAGCCAGUAAUCAACAUCAACAGCUACUUGUGUGAUUUGUGAGCUAGAAACUAACGUUAGUAAAAACUGACGUAGCGCUGACAUCAUGUGUUGCUUCAAGAGAUGCUAGCAGAACCGUGAAGCUGGUUCUGAUUACCUCACCAACUCGACCGAAGCCGAAGAGUUAACUGGCUGUAGUGUAGGUGGCGCUGGAGGCUGUCUUUAGCUGUUACCACUCAGAACCGGAACCAGAAUCAGAGGGAACCCAGUUCUGGUAAAUGAUGUAAAAAUGAAAUAAAGGAAGCCGAGAAUUUUCA